AUGGAGUACCUUCAACCUUCUUGUGGGUACUUGGCCGUCACUCCUCGACCUUGGGACAGUCCGGCGCUCGAACAUGCGAGUUAUCACGAUGUUGUGAACUCCAUGAGGACUGGAUUUGCUAUUUAUUUUCCAUUGAGAUCUCCUAUGGAGACCAUCAAGGGAUGCCUACGAGACUUUGUUCGGUGUUCCCGGUUACAUCAUAAUAAUCAUCUUCUGGAUUCUGAAGUGGCUAGCAGGUUCGUGUUGGCACCACUGGCUGUGUUGAUCUUCCUCGCCCACAAGUAUUGGAAAACGAGGAUCACGAUCGAUGCUGUCGAGAAGUUCCUCCGAAAGCAACAAAUGCUAGGUCCAAUGAGGUAUGCCUACACCGACAUCACAGCAAUUACAAGCCAUUUCAGAGAUAAGCUGGGCCAGGGAGGCUACGGCUCUGUGUUCAAGGGUGUGCUAUUGCCAGGCAAUGUUCAUGUCGCUGUCACGAUGCUAGAGGGCAAUCCUAACUACAAUGGAGAAGAUUUCAUCAAUGAAGUCUCCAUCAUCGGUAGGAUCCAUCACGUUAAUGUGGUGCGCCUCAUGGGAUUCUGCUCAGAGGAAAUGAGGAGAGCACUAGUUUAUGAGUACAUGCCUCAAGGUUCUCUGGACAAGUACAUCUUCUCAGCCAAGAAGAGUUUCUCUUGGGACAAGCUAGCCGAUAUAGCAGAUCCGGCUUGA